AUCAGCAUACAGCUUUGUGCGUGAGACCAUCGCUCACGUGGGUGUUGUCUGCAUGGUAUAGUGUUACCACAUUUUACGAGGAGCUUACAAUAAAUCCACUCGAUCGUUCUCCCGUCACCAUCAAGAUUCCGGUAUUCCUCAGAAUGAAGUUCUUUAUUUUCGCUUCCGCUUUAAUUUUAUCUUCGUCUCUAGUGCAAGCACUAAAAAAAUGCGAAAAGAUAGACGCUUGCAGAUGUUCUACGGAUGAAGGGGAGAUAAAUAUUUGGAGCGUUGCAGGACAGAAAACAAAUGGAGCGAGAUUCAACAUUUCAGCAUCCGGUGGCGCUCAAAAGUCGACCUACUAUCUGUGGAACCCCUGUGGCCCGAGGACCGACCAGGGCCACCCCUGCCAGGAUUCUUCUGUUUGUCAAGUUACCCAGAUAAAUCCGAAAACAUCGAUUUCCAUGGUGUGUAGUGAAACAGAAGUUGGAAAAGUCGGCCCCAUGAGUGUCGCUGGCUCUUCCUAUUCAACGUCCCUGCACAGCAUUUGCGCAUGUCCAGGAAGAUGUCUGCUCGAUGCCAAAGAGGAUGCCGGGAUUCGGUUUGAUUCGUCAAAUGUUGGGGGAAGUGGAUUGAGUGUCGGUGCUAUCAUGGGAAUAGCAAUUGCAGGUGUCAUCUUCUUAAUCGUUUUGCUUUUUGCAAUUUUUAUAUGCUGCCUGCGCCGUAAGCUGCCCUCUGGUAUUCCUAAGCCAUCUGUCUGUACCACGGUGAAGGUUGGAUUAGGUAUGAUCAAGAAGAAACUUUGUCCAUGUUGCUAAAGAAGGCGGAAGAAACGUGUUCCCAACUGAUCUAAACCAGAGCGGUUGCGUUCGAGCUGACCAAAUGUAAUUUUUGAACGACUUUUAGAAGUCAAGAAUCUGCCAGCGCAGAGCACUUGAGCGAAAAAUACUGCGUUCUUUAUUUCUUGUUGUGUGAAUACAAGCAAAGAACAAAGCGUCUUGCCCU